AUGAAACGAUGUGAUGAAUAUCAAGCAUGGACUUAUCCAUACAAUUGUGUAUUAUUGACAACUGGUUCGAUGAAUCCUAUCCAUCGUUCUCAUAUCAACAAUUUAGAACUAGUGAAGAACUAUCUUGAACAAAGCAGUCCACGAUGGAAUGUACUUGCAGGUUAUCUUUCUCCUACGCAUGAUGCAUACGUACGUGGUAAAUUAGGCAAGGCAACGAUACCAGGUCGUGAUCGAUGUGAUCUUUGUGAACUGGCGAUAGAAGAACAUGAGCGCCAAACGGAAACAUUACAUUGGCUUAGUGUGUCUCGAGCUGAGGUUGAAUAUCAUAGCGGUUUUGUCGAUUUUGGCCCAACGACGGAGGCACUUCGCCAAUAUCUUAAUUCAGUUCUUUUGGCUUCUAUCCGAUUUCUCGAGAAUCCAUCAAUAAUGGAGAAUUACACAAUUGUUUGGCUUGAUACGAAUGCGUCAGAUCCUGAAAGUAGUUUUCGUACUAAACUUGGUAAAGCUCAGAUAUUUACUGAUGUUGAUGAUUGUAUUAAAUUUAUAAAAUCUCAUUCAAACAAAUCGACUUAUCUUAUUGUCUCGGGUUCUCUUGCCAAACUAGUCGUGCCAGAAGUGUAUGAUUGUUCAAAUCUUCUAGGAAUUUUUCUUUUCUGUGGAUCAGUUGCGACGUAUGCAGAAUGGGCAAUGGAUUAUUGUGAUAAAUUAAUGAUAUUCGAUCAUGGUGACGAUCUUCUAGUACGAUUGUGGAGGGACCUAGAAAGCAAUUUACGUGAGCAAGCAACACUACAUUUAAGAUACGCCGAAGAGUAUAAACAACGAGCUCUGCAGUAUAAACAACGGCCAUGUGGCUAA